AUGCAGAAAACGAUUCUAGUGUCCUGCCUGCUGGCGGUGGCCCUCGCCGGUAGUGGGUCCAGCGAAGAGCGUAGCUCUCGGGUCACCGGUGGAACCAUAGCCGUUGUGGGGCAGUUCUCGUCGGCCGUCAUCCUCGAGACUCCGUUCAUCGCCCAGAACUGCAUGGCGACGGUGCUGAACCGCGAGCACGUACUGACGGCGGCCUCCUGCGUCAUGAACCCGACCACCUUCGCCAUGAUCAACCCGUUCUGGUUGCGCAUCAUCGCGGGCGACGUCAACAUCGUGCCGAUAUCGGUGAGGCGCGUGGUGCGUAACGUGUCGCGGAGCUACGUCCACCCGAACUACAACCGUCUGACGGACAACAACAACAUCGCGGUGCUGCGCGUCUCGGAGAUGUUCCCCGAGUUCCACAACACGAUCGAGCCGGCGCUCCUUAACACGCGGCUCCUUCCGGAUAACACGCAGUGCCAGUUCGCCGGCUGGGGUGCCACGGCGAACCAGCCGACGGCUGCCGUCCGGACGGCGCAGUACGUCAUCACGCAGCCAACCCUCGCGACGGCCUCGUGCAAUGCGGCCAACGUGCACAAUAACCGCGUGCAGGGCACGAUGAUCUGCGCCGGGGCGCUGGCAGCCUCCGCCAACUCGGUCUGUCUGGGUAAUAUGGGCGGUGGGCUGUACUGUAAUGGCCAGCUGACCGGGGUCCUCGCGUUCGGGCUCGCCUGCGGAGUGGCCAAUCAGCCCGGUGUCUACAUCGACGUGCGCCAGUACACCCAGUGGAUCCAUUCGCAGUUCACGCGCAACGAUAACCCACCGGCCGGCUGGGUUCCACCACAACCGUUAUGA